AAGCAAAUGAAACUGAUGUACUUCAUUGGUACCUACCAUUAAAUAUCAACUCUCCCAAAUCCUAAACCCUAAACCCUUAACAGAACCAAGCAACAAUGGAGUCUCAACAAUCCCAUAACAAACUUCAUGUUGUUUUUCUUCCAUUUCCAACUCCUGGUCAUAUGAUUCCUAUGAUAGACACAGCAAGACUAUUCGCCAUGCAUGGUGUUAAUGUUACCAUCAUCGCUACACAUGCCAAUGCUUCAACAUUCCAAAAAUCUAUAGACAGUGACUUCAAUUCAGGAUACUCCAUCAAAACUCAUCUUAUACAGUUCCCUUCAGCUCAGGUAGGUCUCCCUGAUGGUGUUGAAAACAUGAAAGAUGGAAUUUCAUUUGAAAUACUAGGUAAAAUCACCCGCGCAAUAAUUAUGCUCCAGAAUCCAAUUGAGAUUUUGUUUCAAGAUCUUCAACCUGAUUGUAUUGUCACUGAUAUGUCGUAUCCGUGGACAGUGGAAGCAGCUGCAAAACUAGGUAUUCCAAGAAUUCAUUAUUACAGCUCAAGCUACUUCUCCAAUUGUGUUGCUCAUUUGAUCAUGAAGUAUAGACCAAAUGAUAAUUUAGUUUCUGAUACACAGAAAUUUACAAUUCCUUGUUUUCCUCAUACAAUUGAGAUGACUCCUCUGCAACUUCCUGAUUGGUUACAUGCAAAGAAUCCUGCCGCUGCCUAUUUUGAACCAAUGUUUGAAUCAGAGAAAAGAAGUUAUGGAACACUAUACAAUAGUUUUCAUGAACUUGAAAGUGAUUAUGAAAAAUUAAGUAACACUACAAUGGGGAUCAAAACUUGGAGUGUAGGACCAGUUUCAGCUUGGACUAACAAGGAUGGUGAAAAAAAGGCCAAAAGGGGACACAUAGAGGAACUUGGAAAAGAGGAAGAAUGGCUAAAUUGGCUUAACUCAAAGCAAAAUGAGUCUGUAUUAUAUGUAAGUUUUGGUAGCCUUGUUAGGUUUCCGCAUGCUCAGCUUGUAGAAAUUGCGCACGGGCUUGAAAACUCAGGUCAAAAUUUUAUCUGGGUUAUAAAAAAAUAUGAUAAAGAUGAAGAUGGAGAAGGUUUCCUGCAAGAAUUUGAGGAAAGGUUGAAAGAAAGCAAAAAGGGCUAUAUCAUAUGGAAUUGGGCAUCACAACUUCUGAUAUUAGAUCACCCUGCAACAGGAGGGAUUGUGACUCACUGUGGUUGGAACUCAAUUCUUGAAAGUGUGAACUCGGGUUUGCCAAUGAUCACGUGGCCGGUGUUUGCUGAGCAAUUUUACAACGAGAAGUUGCUUGUUGAUGUUUUGAAGAUAGGGGUCCCAGUAGGAGCAAAAGAAAACAAUUUAUGGAUUAACAUUAAUGUAGAGAAAGUGGUGAGAAGAGAAGAUAUAGUUAAGGCUGUAAAGAUUUUGAUGGGAAGUGACCAAGAGAGCAAAGAAAUGAGGAUGAGAGCAAAGAAACUUGGUGAUGCUUCCAAGAGGACUAUUGAGGAAGGUGGAGAUUCUUACAACAACUUGAUUCAGUUGAUUGAUGAGCUGAAAUCAUUAAAGAAAUCUAAGGCACUUGGUGUGAAAGCAGAUUAGAUAAGUCAAAUGAAGGAGUGAUGUUUGAUGCUUCAGGAGGUGUAGCAGAUGAAGGCUUUCAAUAAGAUGAAACAACAUCAAAGUAUUUUUCUCUAUUAUAGAGAUCGUAAUAUUGUAGCAGUUGUUAGUUUUUCCGUAUAAUGGUGGUCUUUGACAUCUCUUUUCUCAGGACUUUUCCUUUUUUAGGAUAGAUCCAGUUUUUCUUUUCGUAUAUUUUACCCAUUGUGACUCUGAUGUAUUGUUUCAGGCCUCUCCUCUCCUGUCUUUUAUAUAUAGUGCUUUGAAAAAAAUAAAAAAUUCUCUAUCAAUAUUUCCUGUUAUCUGUAGUCCAAUAAUCAACAUCCAAUCAUUCU